GUGAGUGUGUUCCUUUGAGCUGACUGGAUCCUGCUCUGUGGAUGACCAGGGUGAAGAAAGGAAUGCAUCUUUUUUUUUGAGGACAUUUAGGAAAUGUUUAUGAGAGAGAAGUGUUAAACUUUUGGUGUUGUUUUUUGCUGCUGGAGCGCUCUGGAAACAGGAGGAAGUGUGAAGGAUAAUGCCAUUGUAUCAAAUGAGUGUGAUCUGAAUGGUUCGCAUACAUACUCUGGAUCUGCUUUUGCCUGCAGGACAAUCAGGUCUUUUCUGAGCCAGAAUAUGAUAUUCACAUUUAGGCCUGUGGACAGCAAACAUAUGGGAGCCGAUUUCUGAGAGAAAUACAGCCUGCUUUCUGUUUGUGUUCUGGUUGGGAGCGACCAGACAGGAAGGCAGGAGUGAAAUCUGCAGCUGUUGAGGAUCCCCUGGAGGAGCUGCUAAUCUGAAAACAACUCGGAAAACUUGCAGCUCUUGUGUUUUUAAGACUAGGGAUUAAACUCUAUUUUUGCAAUGCGGUUGUGUGUUAUUUUCUGCUAAAACGCAGGAUUAAUUCCUCUUAUUGUGUCUGCACAUGUUGUCUCAUCUCUAUAUCCUGUUUGUCACAGAAAGGAGAAGAAAUCAGUGCUUAAGUGCUGCAGAAGCAUUUUUUUCCCUUUUUCUUUUUUAAAAUCAGAGCUCAAAGUUCAAUUACAGCUUGAGACACAUUUUCAGAGUAAAUGUUGGUGUUUUUUUUGUUUUUUUAAUGUUACAUUCACACUACUUUCUCUUUGUUGUGACCGUGUUUUGUCUCAAGAGGUGUUUUGAUCUUUCUGACAUUCAAACAUCUGGGAGGAUCUGAUCAGGACUGAAUGGAAUGUUUGUUCAUCUGUAUCUCCAGACGUCCUUGAAAGCUGCCAUAAAACCCAUCUGUUACUAAGCACACUUUUUGUCCAAGCAAAGGGAUGGGGGGGAGUUUCGGACCUUGAUACAUUCAUAUUGCAUUACAAAUGGAGUCCUUAUGUGGACAGGGAGCUGGUUUCCAUGACGAUCAGUCCUGUAACACAGAGAGCCCCAUUGCAAUCUCCUCCUUUGCCUUACAGUCAGAGGCUGACUGCAUUGAUGGAGGAGGCAAUUAUGACAUAGUGAACAAUGCUGCGAUUUCUGCAACUGGCACACAAAGCAACAAAAACCAAAAUGUGUCUUUAAAGCAAAGCUGGGAGAUGAACUACCAAGAGGCGGCCAUAUACCUUCAGGAAGGAGAGAACAAUGACAAGUUCUUCUCUCACCCUCGGAACCCCAAAGCGCUGGCAGCUUACCUGUUUGCCCACAAUCACCUGUUCUACAUGAUGGAGCUGGUGACGGGUCUGCUGCUGCUGAUGCUGUCACUCUGCGAAGCUCCGGCUGUCCCCUCGCUGCGCCUGGAUGUCUACGUGCAUGCCACUCUGGAGCUGCUGGCUUUGCUUCUGGUGGGAUUCGAGUUGUGCAUGAAACUUCGCUGGUUGGGCUUUCACACAUUCAUACGGCACAAGAGGACCAUGGUGAAGACCUGUGUGCUGCUGCUGCAGUUUGUGGAGGCCAUUGUGGUUCUGAUCAGACAAACGUCACACAUGAGAGUAACCCGAGCUCUCAGACCGAUUUUCCUGGUGGACUGCAGAUACUGCGGUGCUGUUCGCAGGAACUUGCGCCAGAUCUUCCAGUCUCUCCCAUCUUUCAUAGACAUUCUCCUGCUGCUGCUUUUCUUCAUGGUCAUAUUUGCCAUCUUGGGUUUCUGCCUGUUCUCCACCAACACAGCUGACCCGUACUUCAACACUUUGGAGAACAGCCUCGUCAGCCUGUUUGUGUUGCUGACCACAGCAAACUUCCCUGAUGUGAUGAUGCCGGCGUACUCCAAGAACCGCUGGUCCUGCGUGUUCUUCAUUGUUUACCUCUCCAUAGAGCUCUACUUCAUCAUGAACCUGCUUCUUGCCGUGGUGUUUGAUACAUUCAAUGAUGUGGAGAAGAUGAAGUUUAAAUCUCUUUUGCUUCACAAAUGCUCUGCUAUCGAUCAUGCCUUUCAGCUGCUGGUUAGCCGACAGAGGCCGAUGGGCGUGUCUCUGAAACAGUUCGAUGGUCUGAUGCGUUUUUACAGACCCCGAAUGUCUGCGAGAGACCGCUUCCUCACAUUUAAAGCUUUGAACACAUCGGGGGCCCCAAUACUCAGCCUGCAAGAUUUUUAUAAGUUUUAUGAGGUCAUUGGUCUCAAAUGGAAGCCACGACGGAAUAGAGAGCACUGGUUUGAUGAUCUUCCGCACACAGCCUUCCUCAUUUUCAAGGGCAUCCACCUGGUGGUGAAGUCCAAGGCCUUCCAGUAUGCCAUGUAUGUGGUGGUGGCCAUUAAUGGUGUGUGGAUCCUCGUAGAGACAUUCACAAUGAACGGUGGAUAUUCUUGGUCUGAACUUGUUCCCUUGAGUUACAUCAUUUUCCUAACGAUUUACGGGGUGGAAGUGCUGCUGAAAAUAGCAGGUUUGGGGCCGGGGGCUUAUUUCAGCUCUGGCUGGAAUCUGUUCGACUUCUCUGUGACUGUGUUUGCCUUCUUGGGGCUGGUCGCUCUGGCCUUUAACAUGGAGCCGUUCUACUUCAUUGUUGUUCUCAGACCGUUUCAGCUGCUCCGGCUGUUUAAGAUAAAGCAGCGAUAUCGUAACGUGUUGGACACCAUGUUUGAGCUCUUCCCAAGGAUGGCCAGUCUGGGACUGACUUUAAUCAUUUUUUAUUACUCCUUUGCCAUUGUGGGUAUGGAGUUCUUUGCAGAUGUAGUUUACCCAAACUGCUGCAACACCAGCACAGUGGCGGAGUCCUACAGGCAGAUUAACAAAACGUACGGCAACAAAACAGUUUUGGAAGAAGGCUACUAUUAUCUGAACAAUUUUAACGACAUCCUCAGCAGCUUUGUGACUCUGUUUGAACUGACUGUGGUCAACAACUGGUACAUCACCAUGGAAGGAGUGACGUCCAUGACAAGCCACUGGAGCCGCCUGUACUUCAUGACUUUUUAUAUCGUUACCAUGGUUGUGAUGACCAUCAUUGUGGCCUUCAUUCUGGACGCUUUUGUGUUCCGCAUGAACUACAGCCGCAAGAACCGGGAGGCGGUGAAUAACCCCGAAGAUGAAAAUGGGAUAGUGUUUGAAGUGGAGGUGAGGAGAGAUGAAGCCUUGGCCACCCUGGAGUUUUACAAACAGACAACCACAUCUCUGUCCUCGCUCAGUACGCUGGCUGCCGUCCUGCAAGCCAUGGACAAGAGUGGACACACAUCUUUGGUUUACUUGGGCCGCAGAUCAAGGACAAAGAGUGACCUCAGUAUGAAAAUGUAUGAGGAGGAGAUACAGGAGUGGUAUGCAGAGUUUUCCAGGGAAUGUUCGCCUCAAGGAGACGAAAACCUAAACCUGGAUCAGAACAACGCCGUCGCCGACCCGUCUCCUUCACAAGAACAUCAGUUAAACUCACAGGGUGGUUCUCACAGCAUUAACUGA